CGCAGCCGCAGGAGGGCGGUACCACGGCGGCUGCGAGAUGGGGGGGCGCGGAGCAGGCGCCGGAAGUAGCCGUGGUACGGAUCCCACCGAGGGGUACUCACCGCAGGCGGCGUCCACCAGAGCCGCGGCCAGAGCCAAGGCCCGAGGGGGUGGGCGUGGCGGCCGCCGAAACACAACACCCUCUGUUCCCUCAUCUCGUGCAGCGGCUCCGCGUCGCUCCCCUCCACCCGCUACCAUGAGCGAGCGCCUCCGCCCCAGGAAAAGGAGAAGGAAUGGCAGUGAAGAAGACCUCCAUCUUCCCCCUCAGACCAAAAAGAGUAGUAGAAACCCUGUCUUUCACGAUUCCUGGGACACAGAGUCAUCCAGCAGUGACAGUGGUGGGAGCAGCAGUGGCGUCUACAGCCCGGACAGGACCAGCGGGCCAGAGAGCAGCUUAUCCCACAUCGCCACCUGGUCUGGCCCUAACACCCCUCAGCCCAGGCCCGAGCAGUCUGCACUGUGCCAGGGCCCUUACUUCCACAUCAACCAGACCCUGAAGGAGGCCCACUUCCAUAGCCUACAGCACCGAGGACGGCCUCCCACAUGAUGUGCCCGCAGUUUCUUGCCUUCUGUGAAGGGACAGCGCUGUGCAGAUUUGAUAUUUCAACUUAAGAUGUUUUAAAAAAUUGCACAAAAAAAUGCCUGUUGGCUUUUCCGUCUAUAUUUGAAAUAACAGGUUAACAGGCGGUUGUUUACUUGUGGUUUUGCUGCACUAUUGCAAUUUCAAAGGGGCUUUGAAGCAAUUUUUUAUAGGAUUCUUUUGAGGGUGGGUAUCAAAUCCAUGUUGAGGUAAUGGUAUGAGGAAAUCUCAUCUGUGUGUUGAAUCCAUAGUUUGUCCAGUUCAGAUUGAUUUCCAGAUAUGUCAAUUAGAAAUUCUACUUCAUGUAAAAAGGCCUUUUAGAAAGUGCGGGGUCUUCAAUUUUUUAAAUUCAAUAAACCAGUAAAGAGUG